AUUCCCAAGUAUAUGCCGAAGUCAAAUGCUAGAGUUCGAAGGGUAGUGUUUGGGCUUUUGGGUCCGGCCCGUUUAGGGCUCUUGAUUGAUUGUAGAAAACCUAAUUGCUGCUUCAUUUUGGCAUCUUCCUCUCCUCCUUGAUAUAGUGGCAUCGCAGACAACGCAAAGCGACCACUUACUUCAUCGGAUUCUGCUCUUCUUUUUCUUGAAGACAUGGCUCUGAUCCUGCAUGCAACCAAAACUAACAAAAAUGCUUACAAGACUCUGAUCGCGGCAGAAUAUAGUGGAGUUCAAGUGGAAUUGGCCCUAAAUUUCGAGAUGGGUGUCUCUAACAAAACUCCUCAAUUUCUGAAAAUGAAUCCUCUCGGAAAGGUUCCCGUGUUGGAAACGCCCGAUGGUCCCGUCUUUGAGAGCAAUGCCAUUGCUCGUUACGUUACCAGUUUGAAGGGUGACAACAUUUUAUACGGAUCUUCUCCCAUUGACCGUGCCCGCAUUGACCAGUGGAUUGAUUUUUCUUCCACGGAGAUUGAUGGUCAUGUUUUUUCUUUGUACCUACCAAGGCUUGGAUUUGCCCCAUACCUUCCUCCAGUUGAGGAGGCUGCAAAUUCUGCGUUGAAGAGAUCAUUUGGGGCUUUGAACACUCAUCUUGCUUCCAAUACUUACCUGGUUGGCCAUUCCGUAACCCUUGCUGACAUCAUAAUGACGUGCAAUUUGCAUUUAGGUUUCACUAAGCUCUUAGUGAAGAGCUUCACCUCGGAGUUCCCUCAUGUCGAGAGGUACUUUUGGACUUUGGUCAACCAGCCUAACUUCCGAAAGAUAUUAGGUCAGGUUAAGCAGACUGAUGCUCUUCCUCCUAUUCAAUCCGCAAAGAAGCCUUCCCAGCCUAAGGAAACUAAGCCCAAGGCUAAGGAUGAACCAAAGAAGGUGGCUAAAAAAGAGCCAGAAAAGCCCAAAGAAGAAGCAGCAGAAGAGGAGGCACCCAAGCCCAAGCCCAAGAAUCCUCUUGAUCUUCUUCCUCCAAGUAAGAUGAUCUUGGAUGAUUGGAAAAGGCUCUACUCAAACACUAAGACCAACUUCCGGGAGGUCGCAAUCAAAGGAUUUUGGGACAUGUAUGAUUCGGAGGGAUAUUCACUCUGGUUCUGUGAUUACAAAUACAAUGACGAGAACACCGUUUCCUUUGUGACAUUGAACAAGGUUAGUGGAUUUCUUCAGCGGAUGGAUCUGGCUCGCAAGUAUGCAUUUGGAAAGAUGCUUGUUAUUGGAUCACAGCCGCCAUUUAAGGUGAAGGGAUUGUGGCUUUUCCGUGGGCAAGAUAUUCCGCAAUUUGUGAUUGAUGAAUGCUAUGACAUGGAGCUCUACGAAUGGACAAAGGUUGACAUCUCUGAUGAAACUCAGAAAGAGCGUGUCAAUCAGAUGAUUGAGGAUUACGAACCAUUUGAGGGAGAGCCUCUUUUGGAUGCCAAGUGCUUUAAGUGAAAAAUAGUCCCUUGUUAAAAAAAGGGGGUAUGGUUUUGUCCUAUGUCUUUUUGGUGCGAUUUGUUUUCUUUCUUAUUUAUGUUAGAGAAGUUUUAGCUGCUGCUUUGUGAUUUUACCAACGCUGAAACAUAAAAUAUUGAUUUAAGUACCUUAAUUUUUAUCAAAACAGCAUACAAUUUCU